GAAAAAGAAGAAAAAGGUAUUGCAGUUUGUGAAAAAGAAGAAGAUAUACUCCAAAAGUGUCUCAAAAGGCAAAGUUAUAGGCACAUCAGGUCAGCGGAUAAACUGUACAGAGAAGAGCAAGAGAAAUUUAAAUAUCAGAUUCCACAAUCCAACAGUUGGAUCGGGCAGAAGAUCCAAACAUGGCGGUCUCACCUUUAUCACAAUGUGUGAAUGUGAUGCUUGACCGGAUUAAUACUUCUCGAGAACUGCUAGAAUUUUUCAGGGGACAGUCAUUUAACUCAUUGCUAAGGAGAUUGAAGACGGCUCUCGUGACUGCAAACUCAGUGCUUGCCGAUGCUGAACAGAAGGCAGAGCAUGUCAGAGAAGUAAGGAAUUGGCUCACUGAACUUAAAGAUGCUUUCUUCCUUGCAGAGGAUGUUCUUGACGAGAUAUCAACUGAAGCUUUACGAAGAAGGGUAGUAGCUGAAGAGGGAGGAAUCGGAGGCAGAAUAAGAAAUCUCAUGGUUGGUCGAGAAGGCCUGCAGAAAAAUAUGGAAACAGAGAUGUUAGAAGUAGUUCGGAGACUGGAAUAUCAUGUGAAACAUAUAGAGGUGAUGGGCCUGAGAGACUAUAGCGGGGCUUUAGCUCCACCACAGAGACAAAGGUCACCUUCAAGUCCUGAUCUGCCUCUACACAGAGUAAUCGGAUGGGAGGAAGAUAAGGUAGCCUUUCUCAAAUUGCUGCUUUCCGAAGUUGAAGUUGACAAUGGGAAGCCAGGUGUCAUCCCCAUAGUGGGUAUGCCCGGGAUUGGCAAGACAACAUUUGCUCAGGUUGUUUACAAUGACAGCAAUGUGACCGAGCAUUUUGAUCAUAAAGUGUGGAUCUUUGUUGGGGAAACUUUCGAUGUCUUGAGGGUGACAAAAUCUGUUCUCCAUGAGAUCACUUCUGGCGCAGUUAACACGGAGGAUCUGCCUUCGCUUCAAGUCCAACUGAAGGAAUCGCUUUCAGGGAAGAGAUUUCUUCUCAUUCUUGAUGAUUUUUGGGCUGAGAGCAAUUCGGAAUGGGAAAAUUUCCUGGUUUCGCUUGCCGAUGGACAAAAGGGAAGUAAGAUCAUUCUAACCACACGAAGUGAAAUCGUUUGUGCAAUCACCCAGACCGCUCAGAGCUACCCAUUGAAACUGAUGAGCGACGAAGAAUGUUGGGAACUGAUAUCAAGAUCUGUUUUCGACAGAGAACUGGAAGGAAUCGGCAAAAAGAUUGCAAAGCAAUGCAAGGGCUUACCAUUAGCUGCAAAAGCCAUUGCGUCCCACCUUCGCUCCAAGCCGAAUCAUGAAGAAUGGUAUGCUGUAUCGAAGAAUUUCUCGAGCUACACCAGUCAUAUCCUUCCGGUUCUUAAGUGGAGCUUUGAUUAUCUUCCUUCUCGACUUAAGCGAUGCUUUGCCUUCUGCUCGAUAUUCCCCAAGGGAUACGUGUUCAAUAGAGAGAAGUUGGUACUUCUAUGGCUGGCGAUAGACCUCUUAUACCAACCGGGGAGCAACAAAAGAUUGGAAGACAUCGGUGAUGAAUACAUUAACGAGUUGGUUGCUAGAUCUUUUCUCCGGCCACUGGACUACAACAAGACAAGUUUCAUUAUGCACGAUCUCAUGAACGAUCUAGCAAAAUCUGUGUCCGAAGAUUUUUGCUUCAGACUCGAAGAUAACAGAAGCUUCCGGAUACCAGAUAAGGCUCGGCAUUUUUCUUUUUCCGGAAGCCAAUGUGAUGCUUCAGAGACUUUUAACUCCAUCCAGGAAGCUAAGCUUCUAAGGACGAUUCUACCGUUCGAUCUUCCACCAGAUCUGGAAUCUCUUCAAUUAACCAGAAAAGAUCUGGAUCAGUUGUUCCAGGCACUGAAACGUCUACGGAUACUUAGUCUGUCACAUUAUCAUAUAAUCAGCUUGCCUAAAUCAUUUAAAGGUUUGAAGCACUUACGGUAUCUAGAUCUCUCUAGCACCAGACUGAAAGAGCUACCGGAGUUUGUAUGUAGUCUCUGUAACCUCCAAACACUAUUAUUGUCAAAUUGUCGGUCGAUCACGAAAUUGCCAACGAGCAUGGCAGAACUCAUCAACUUGCGUUACCUCGAUGUUGUCGGGACACCUCUGAAAGAAAUGCCGACGGGAAUAAGCAAGCUGAGAAACUUGCAGAAGCUGUCGAAUUUUGUUAUAGGAAGACUGAGCGGUGCUGGGCUGCAUGAGCUGAAAGACCUUUCCCAUCUUCGAGGAACGCUUGAAAUCUCUGAGUUGCAGAAUGUUGCAUUUGCUAACGAAGCAAGAGAUGCUAGUUUGAGAAAGAAGCCAUUCCUCGACCGGUUAGUCCUGAAAUGGAGUGCGAAAGCUUCCAACUUUGUUCCAGGUAGUUCCAGUGCAUUGGCUUGUGACCAGAGAGAGGUCCUGAAGAUGCUUCAUCCUCAUCCGAAUUUGAAAAUGCUAAGUGUAGAGUCCUAUGAGGGUGCGACAUUUCCUAGCUGGUUGGGUGAUCCUUCCUUCUCGGGCAUUGUCUCUGUCACUCUGAGAAGCUGCAGCCUCUGCAUAUCACUGCCUCCACUGGGUCAGUUGCCUUCACUUAAGUCCCUCACCAUUGAAAAAUUCAAUAUAUUGCAGAAAGUCGGUCCCGAGUUUUUCUUUGGUGAUAAUGACCCUCCACUUGUACCGUUCCAAUCCCUGCAUACACUAAAGUUCUAUGGCAUGCCAAGAUGGGAAGAAUGGGCAUGUCCUGAACUAGAAGGUGAGCUCUUUCCAUCUCUUCAAAAACUCAUCAUACAAAGAUGCCCCAACCUAAUAAAAGAGUUCCCAAACGGGUUACCUUCUUCUAUCGAGGUUAGCAUCAUCGACUGCCCCCUUAGAAGAGGUGUAUCCGGGAGCGGUAUUUCAGUUCCAGAAUUCCAAUCAGUCAUCCCACCGAGUCCAGCCAGCUCUCGCUCCACAAGUACAGGAAGCGGAGAGAGUUCAUCCACGAAAAAUCCAAGACCAGAUGCAACUUCAAGUAGCCAUCACGGUAAUGAUGAAACCGAUGUCCCUUCACCAUUCUCUUUCCAUAAGGAAGCACAGCUGCAUAGAGAACACGAGGAGCCAUACGAAGCUGAACACGAAAGCUCGUCACAUCAUUCUGAAGAAGUGGCUGUGAUCUCGGCGAGAUAUUCAGGAUAUAUUUCAGAUUUGACUGAGCUGCAUAGCAUGUCAGCUCUGCAUCACUCACAAAGUUCACUUCUUUCCCAUACUCCAGCUUUCUUAGUCGGGAAAUCUAGUGGUCCAGGAACCAGUUUCGAUCAACUACAUCAAAAGGUGUCCACUCAGAGCCCGGACUCUAGUACUGGCGGAAGCUCGUCUCAGAAAAUGAGGCCUUCACCAGUUCAAGAUGAAACAGAUUUUGAUAGAUUGAAAGUGACAGAAAUAUCUCAGCUUAUGGAGCUUCCACAGAGUCUGCAGAGUCUUCAAGUUGAAAGGUGUGAGGGACUAAUCUCACUUCCUGAAGGAUUGAUGGGAAGAUGCCCAAAUCUUCAAGAACUGUUCAUCGUUGAAUGCCAUUCUUUGGAAUCGUUCCCAGGAGGGCACCCACCAACCACAUUGAAAACCAUUUACCUAAGAGAUUGCAAGAAACUGGAAUUCACAGAGAGUUUACAGACAAUGCACACUUACUCGCAGCUCGAGUAUCUGUUCAUCGGCAGUAGCUGCAACAAACUCCGAUCGUUCCCAUUAUCCCUGUUUCCCAGGCUCAAGAGCCUCUCGAUCACGGAUUGUCAGAACUUCGGAUCGUUCUGGAUUCGUGCCGGUCUCGGCGAAGAUCGUAUCGCACUCGAGGCCUUGCAAAUUAGGGAUUGCCCAAAUCUGGAAACGUUCCCUCCAGGAGGAUUGCCUACACCGAAGCUCGCGUCGAUGUUGCUUUCGAACUGCAAGAAUCUUCGGACAUUGCCCGAGAAGCUGUUCGGUCUCACUUCGCUUCAGUCCGUGUUUAUCAACGACUGCUCUCAACUCGAGACGAUUCCCGGUGGCGGUUUCCCCCGUAGUCUUCGAACACUUUGCAUCAGCCGCUGCGAAAAGCUCACACCGAGAAUCGAUUGGGGUUUACGUGAUCUUCGAAACCUUCAAAAUCUCGAGAUCGAAGGAGGAAAUGAUGGAAUUGAGCCGUUUCCGGAAGAAGGGCUGUUGCCAAAGGGACUUUUUUCUCUGCGAAUAAGCGAAUUUCAGAAUCUCACUACUCUGAAUCAGAAAGGGUUUCAAGAGUUAACAGCUCUUGAGAUGAUGGAGAUGAACGGAUUUGAAAAGCUACAGUCAUUACCUGAGGAGGGCCUUCCUUGUUCGUUGUCUUGCCUGCGCAUAAACAGAUGCCCGAUGCUGACGGAGUUGUUGUCCGAAACAGAGACAGAGCGAUACAAGAUCUCGAAUAUUCCUCAUGUGGAGAUUGACGGUGAAGUUUUCGAGCAAGGAAGGUACACAUGACAAUGACAAACAUUACUUCCUGCAACACGCAAUCAUAGCUACUGAUCAUCGUUUUGAAUUGGAGGUAAACAAAAAAGCAGAAUUCUUCUCUACGAACCCAUGAUCUUGAAUGUCUUGUAGUGGUUGAAAAACUUGUUGGCUUGUCCUUAUCCAUCCCUUCUGUUGCUCUCUGUAUCAUCAUUUCUUCAGUUACACGUUGCAUUUGCUA